UUAGAAAAUUGCCACAGACUACCGUUGUAAAGGAAUGCCUUUGUCCAGCUUUUUACUCAAACCUAUGCAAAGGAUCACUCGCUACCCUCUCCAUAUUAAAAAUAUCCUGGAAAGUACUCCAGAGAGUCACGUGGACUAUGUUCAGCUGCUAGACGCUUUGGAGAAGGCAGAGCUGCUGUGCUCUCAGGUGAACGAAGGUGUCAGGGAGAAGGAGAACUCUGAGAGGCUGGAGUGGAUCCAAUCCCAUGUGCAGUGUGAAGGCAUCACAGAGAAUCUGACUUUCAACUCUCUGACCAACUGCUUGGGUCCCCGUAAAUUGCUGCACAGCGGGAAGGUGUUUAAGACCAAGAGCAAUAAGGAGUUAUAUGCCUUUCUGUUCAAUGACUUUCUGCUGUUCACUCAAGCUGUCAGGCAGUUCACUUCCUCAGGAAUGGACAAGCUCUUUAGCCCCAAGUCUAACACCCAGUACAAGAUGUAUAAGCAGCCUGUGUUCCUCAAUGAAGUUCUGGUGAAGCUUCCGUCAGAUCCAUCCAGCGAUGAGCCCGUCUUCCACAUUUCCCACAUAGAUCGUGUGUACACACUGAAGACUGAGAACAUUAACGAGAGGCCUGCAUGGGUUCAGAAGAUCAAAGCAGCAUCAGAAGCAUUCAUUGAGACGGAGAAGAAGAAACGGGAAAAGGCCUAUCAAUCUCGAUCAAUGAAAGCAAGUGGAAUUGGUCGCUUGCUUGUUACCAUCUUGGAGGCAACAGAGCUAAAAUCCUCCAAACCAAAUGGAAAGAGUAAUCCAUACUGUGAAGUGACCAUGGGUUCUCAGUGCUACACUUCCCGAACCAUCAAUGACACUGUCAACCCCAAGUGGAGCUUCAAUUGUCAGUUUCACAUUAAAGACCUGUAUCAAGAUGUCCUCUGUAUUACGAUUUUUGAGCGGGAGCAAUUUUCACCAGAUGACUUUUUAGGUCGCACUGAGGUUCCUGUAGCCACUAUUAAGAAAGAGCUUGAGAAUAAAGGUCCAUCCACUAGGAGGCUGCUGCUUCAUGAAGUUCCCACUGGAGAGGUUUGGGUUCGGCUCGACCUGCAGCUGUUUGACCACAAAGCCCCCAAAUGAAGAGGAGAGAGGAUGUCCCUUCAAAACUAAACAUCAAGCACAGCUUCUCACCACUAGCUUCUCAAGAUUUUCAAGACUGACCUUUGCCUUAAAAUGUUCUCAACUACUGUGGAGCGUAGUAAUGAAUGUGUGACCAUAAGGAAGACGAGUUAAGUUCACACCUUUGCCAAGUUUUGAUUUUUGACCAAGUGACAUAGGAAUGAAAAGGGGGAAUUUGGGAUUUUUUUUUUUUAUUGCCUAAAUAAUUUACCACUGGAUGUUGAGAUAUCUCAGGACCUAUAUUUUGCUUCAAAUAUACUGUCUUUAUUGCUGUACUGAAAGCUAGAUUUGUUAUAAUCAUAACUUGCCUAGAUCUGAAGUUGAUGAGAACUUUUUUUUAACUUGAAUAUUCUCAUCAGCAACACUAAACCUUGUGGUGUUGUUUUUUAAUUCAUUAUCCGUCUGCCUUACCUGCCAGUUCAUCCAUUUAACUUCACCAUGAUAGAAUUAAUUUGCACCAGCCAGUUGAUCCUCUAUAAAAUUUUAUAACCGCUUAUUAGCCUGUGUAACAUGGAAGGAACUUUUCUGCAGAGCUUACUAGUUUUUAUGUAUGAAGGUACGAAUGAGGUGAUUAACCAGGGAUGAUUGGUUAAAGGUCUAAUCUCUGUUGAUUUUGUGUGCUUGACUGAGUUUUAUGUAUGUUAAUUUAUGCGUCUUGGACUAUCUGCACAUUUUACGCUGCCUACUAUAUCUGGAUUGCCAUAAAGCAUUCAGAUAAUAAGGUCUUAAUAUUGUAUAUUUUUGCAGAGUUGUAGUAUGAACGUUUACCCAAGAGACUGAGUUGCUGAGUUUGUCUCUUAGGUUUUAUUUGUUUUCGUUUUAAAUAUAAAUGUAAUAAAGUUUGAGUAUUUUUAAAAUG